ACUUGUAUUUCACGGAUAUUUUACACUAUUAGGAAGAUGGAGUCCAAAGAACGAAAAGUCCAUAUUAUCCUCAAUUUCUUUUUGUGGUAGUCAAGUCGGUACACUUGUUGGUUUAAUGACAACAGGAUAUCUUUGUGAACGUAAAGGAUGGUCUUCCAGCUUCUACUGUUUCGGCAUAUGUGGGAUUGUCCUUUCUUUAUGUCUUACGUUCACAAUUUAUGAUAGACCUCAACAACAUCCCAGAAUAUCCGACAAAGAGUUGACAUUUCUUAACGAAAGCAUACCAAACAUCUCUUCAAGAGAAAAGAAGUUGAAUAUACCCUGGAAACAAAUUUUAACAUCUAGAGCAGUAUGGAUAGUAGCUUUGACGAAAAUUAGUUGGGGUUUCGGUUAUUUUGCAAUAUUGACUAAAUUUCCAUCAUACUUACAUAUCAUUCAGCACUUCCCUAUCGAAAAGAAUGGAAUAAUGAGUGCAUUAGUGUAUUCUGUGGAUGCUAUAAUUAUGUUUACUUCUGGUUUUAUUGCUGAUUUCAUGAAAUCUCGUGACUAUUUAAGUAUAAGUAAUAUUAGAAAAUUUUCCGAAGGAAUUGGAGUCCUUUUUGGAUUGACAUAUGGUUUAUGUAACGCCGCAGGUAUAUUUUCCUCUUACGUUGCUGGAAUUAUACUAGAUGAAAAUGCAGGAGACAUGGUUUACUGGAACUACGUAUUCUACAUGGCAUCUUUCGCUUAUUUUUUGGGUGGUGUAAUAUUUAUAUUUGGAGCUACUGCAGAAGUUCAACCUUGGGCUAUCAUUAACACAGACAACAACAAACAGGAUAACAAUUAA